AAUGAUGACGUAGUGUCAACGCGCAGAAGACAGGAGCGUCCCCCUUCUUUGGCAGCUGCUCGGCGAAAUAAACAUGACGAUGUUGACAAUGCUUUUCAUGGAAGACUCCUAAAACCCGCUGCGCUCGACACAACGCGCAGGUUGGACAUUGUAUAUGAGAUUGUGUCUCAACUGGGGACAAACGACAGUUUUAACAAGGGGAAAGAACGCUCGGUGCAGAAAUGCCUCUGCUAUUUCUGGAGAGGUUCCCAUGGCCCACGCUGGAUACCUACACGGUGUUCACGGUGGUUCUGCUGGCGGGGAGCAUCUUCAGCGCCUAUACCAUUGUGACCGAUCCUGGCUUUGGAUCUUUGGAAGCGGAUGAGUCCCCAACACCCGCGGAUAUGGAUCUAGAACAUUUGGAUAAUGAUAUUAGUAACACAGAACUGGCAACCACUGUCUUAUGGUUUCUGGUGACAGACAGCAUCUUUGUAUGGGUGCUAGUGAACACAGUCUGCUGGUUUUUAAUUUUAAUCGCAAAAAUGAUCCAGUAUUUGGUGUUUGGCCCUCUCAGAGUCAGUGAGAAACAGCAUCUCAAGGACAAGUUCUGGAACUUCAUCUUCUACAAGUUUAUAUUCAUUUUUGGCGUGCUGAACGUACAGACAGUGGAGGAGGUGGUUAUGUGGUGUCUGUGGUUCUCAGCACUGGUUUUUCUUCAUCUCAUGGUGCAGCUCUGCAAAGACCGAUUUGAAUAUCUGUCCUUCUCGCCCUCCACUCCCAUGAACAGCCACGUGCGAGUCAUGUGUCUGCUUGUCUCCCUGCUGUUGGACUGCUGCGGUCUAGCAGUAGUCUGUGGUCUGAUGGGGGAAUCUCAUGGAAUGCACACUCUUUCUUUUAUGGCCGCAGAGUGCCUGAUGGUGACUGUUCGCACAGGACACGUCAUCAUGCGCUACUCCAUCCACCUGUGGGACCUGAAGCACCCAGGAACAUGGGAGAGUAAAGGAACUUAUGUCUAUUACACAGACUUUGUCAUGGAGUUGGCAAUGCUUUUUCUAGACCUCAUGCAUCACAUUCAUAUGCUGCUUUUCGGUAACAUCUGGCUGUCCAUGGCAAGCUUGGUCAUCUUCAUGCAGCUGCGAUAUCUCUUCCACGAGGUGCAGCGCCGCAUCCGCAGACACAAAAAUUACCUUCGUGUCAUCAACAACAUGGAGGCCAGAUUUGCGGUUGCCACUGCCGAGGAGCUGACAGCGAAUGAUGAUGAUUGCGCAAUUUGCUGGGAUGCCAUGGUGACAGCACGGAAGCUCCCCUGUGGUCAUCUCUUCCACAACUCUUGUUUGCGCUCUUGGCUGGAGCAGGACACGUCGUGCCCCACUUGUCGCACGUCGCUCAACAUCAACGACGAAGGCGAGCAGGCCAGAGGCCAGCAGCAGGGCCCCCGCAUGGCUGACAACGCCGGCCCCGCCGGAGCCGCUGCAGAUCCGAGACCGCACAUCAAUCAGCACAAUCACUUCUUCCACUUUGACGGCUCACGUAUUGCCAGCUGGUUGCCCAGUUUCUCAGUAGAAGUGAUGCACACCACCAACAUCUUGGGGAUUGCUCAGGCUAACAACUCUCAGCUGACAGCCAUGGCCCAUCAGAUCCAGGAGAUGUUCCCUCAGGUGCCCUCCUACCUGGUUAUGCAAGACCUCCAGCUAACCCGCUCUGUAGAGGUCACCACUGACAACAUCCUGGAGGGACGAAUCCAGGUGCCUUUCCCUCCACCUUCACAGGCCAUUGAGCGCGGUGCAUUGCAGGUGAGUCCUGCACUCGACGAACAGGCGGGACCCAGCGGAACCGCUGCCGUCGCCGCUGAGGGUCCCAGUGAGUCCGACAACACGGAAGCCAGAGGCGGUCGCUUCUCGAAGUCUGCUGAGGAGAGGCAGACAAUGUUAAAGCAACGCAAAGAGGAUCUGAUCCAGCAAGCGCGCAGGAGAUACCUGACCAAAAGUCCAGAGGAGAGGGUUGAUGAUAUUCCCAACCUAGAGGACGAGGAGGAAGACUCUUUCUCACUUUUCGACUCUACAACGCUGAGGCGUCGAUCCGCGGCGGCGGCCGCAGAGAGACGCAUGCAACAGGAACCCGAGCCCUAAAAACCAAGCUCCAAAUUUCAGCAUCCACCGCUAAGGCAUGACAUGAUGACAGUGUUUUUAACUCCUCCCCCUCACGAUGUACAUGCAGUACAAUCGGCGGCCACCAUCACUUCUUCUCGAGGCCGGACAAUCGGGGCGGGCCUCGACGUCACUCUUCGCAGGUAAGCUACUGGGAGCAUUGUCGAUCCCAAUGCUCUUUGUGUACGUGCCACACAUUGAAAGCAGCAGCUUGAGCAGGCAGGGAGCUACAAUGUAGUUGAGCUGUCGGCAGAGCAAUUUUAAGAGCAUGCGUUGCGUUCAGAGAAACCAAGUCUUUGAAAAGCUCUUUGGUGACUUGUUUUUCCCCUUCCAGAAUUCUUAUGUUCUCUUCCGGAAAACAAAAACAUCUGAUGUACUAGUGUGUUAUUUUAUGGCUUUCAACUGUGAACUGCAGUAAAUGUAAGCAAAAUCCUUUUUUUUUUUUUUUUGUUUGCUUCUUACCCUCAUGUAAGAGAAUGUCACUUUCGUAUUUUUCAGUCUGGACAUGAAUGUUUUAAUGCUGCAAACAGAAGUAUUGAUGUGUCAGGUGUAUCAUUUCCAUCCGUUGUUAUUUAACCAGCAAGGGGAGUAUAAUUAGGUGUGUACAUUUUGGGGGAGUUCUAAUAUCUUCUCUUGUAAGCAACAAAGAGGAAGUAUUGUUUUGUAUAAGUGUGAUGGGUUUCCUUUUUUGAACUACUCUCUCUGUUGAUGAAUUAUUAUCAGAGUAUUUGGCAUCUCAUGUCUGAUUUUAGCAUUAUCAAAUAGGAAAAGGGUGAAUAGAAAUGGUUUGCCUUUUUUAUUCACAUAGGAAGGGGAGGGGGACAUACCAGCAAGCAACAUGAUCACUAUUUUUUUAAUUUGGAGAUGUUUUAUUUUUCAUCGAUUAGUUUUUUUGUUUUGUUUUUAAAUAACCGUUCGUCUGACGGUUGAUUUGUUUUUGGAAUUGAACAGUGCGCUGUGAAUUGAGUGCUGUGUAUGGCGGACAGCCUCCAGGUUCACCACCCUUGUUUGAAAUGCUGAUAUGGGAUGGUUCUUGCUCGCUAUUUGGGGAAGGCUGUUUGGGAUGUGACUUGGAUUAUUGAAACAAGAAGCAUUUGGAUUGGUUUUUUUAGUCACUUAACUCUUAAUUUCUAACACAUUUCUGAAUUUAUCAAAGAUUAAAAGACAUGUUUUUGGACUAAAUGUUACCAGUGUAAAUGUGCCUACAAAAUAAGAUGGUUUCAUCAUGGGUCAACCUGUAAAUUCUUUUUUUUUUUUUUUUUUUUUUGUAAAUGAUAUACAGAAUACAUACAUAUUCAAUAAAAAGAAACAAGUGGCUGCAGCUUUUUAGCAAAAUAA